GCCGGGGUCUGAGGAGCUCGGAACAGACGGUGGUUCCGGGGCCGCUAUGGCGGCUGUAAUUGCCUGGGCUGCCCUUGGUGUGACGCGACGUGUAUCUGGGGCUGCCGCCCGGCUACAGGUUCGAGGAGCUUCAGGGGUCCCUGGUGGGGAUGAGGUAUUCAAAGCCCAGCAAGCAGUCCCUGGAGGAGCAGCUCCUACUAUCUUCUCCCGGAUCAUUGAUAGAAGCAUUCCUGCUGACAUUCUUUAUGAGGACCAACAGUGUCUUGUCUUCCGAGAUGUGGCCCCGCAGGCCCCAGUGCAUCUUCUAGUCAUUCCCAAGAAGCCCAUUCCUCGGAUCAGCCAGGCUGAAGAGCAGGACAAACAGCUUCUGGGCCACCUACUGCUUGUGGCUGCACAGACAGCAAAAGCCGAGGGUCUAGGAGAUGGAUAUCGGUUAGUGAUCAACGAUGGGAAGCUGGGAGCACAGUCUGUGUAUCACCUGCAUCUGCACAUACUUGGGGGCCGCCAACUUCAGUGGCCACCAGGCUGACCCUGAACAGGAUGAGAAAUGUGGGAAUCUGUGAUUGUUAAUAAACCUGUUGAACCUUGA